CCUGCGCCUCCUGCCACUCAGUCCUUCAUCAGAGGCUGUGCUACUCCCGUAGACAUAGACAAGUUUUACGAAGCCGCUGCUGCAGCUGCCUCUGCAGGCGCGGCUGCAGCAGCCUCAGCAGGCGUGAUGACGACGGGAAGCGCAGCAGCAGCACCAGGCGGUCAGGCAGGAGAGGGGCAGAGCUGCGUUUCUUUGCUGGAUAAGGCUAUGCCAACCGCGGCAGCGACGGCUGUGAAGGAGGAUUCCCUGCAGUGGUGCGUGCAGCAGAUACAGCAAGUCUUGCAGCAGCAUCCGGCGGCGGCAGCUGCCGCUGCAAAGCUGCGGGGGAACCGCCCAAUGCUGCACCAAGCAAUGUAUGCGCAUGCAGCCGCGGAGGCUCGCGGGUGGGCCCCGGGGGGGGGGCCCCCCACGGGGCCUUCAGGGGGCCCCUCACCUCCGCGAGAUGCUUUGGGACGGUGGAUGGACGUCGAGAUGGCGCCACCCCCCCAGCAGCUGGAAGAAGUGCUGGUAGUGUUGGCUGCUGCAGUUAAAGUCUACGUUGUGGAGCUGAUUGCAGCUGCAGAGCAGCUGGAGGCGCUGGAGUUCGAGCAGUGUGGACCCCUUCUGGGGCCUAUGCAGACGAGCUCUGAGGGCACACCUAGUAAAGCUCUAAAAAAUUCCCAGCCGGAGGAGCCUCUCCCCAUGCGCGUGCUGCUGCCGAAUCACGUUCUCGAGGCAGCAAAGUCGCUGCAGCUGCUUUAG